UUUUCUGGAUGUAGAUUGCUAACAUUUGAACUUAUUCUAGGUUUAUGACAUAAGAGUUGUGUGAAAGAAUAAAGAAAGAUACCAGCGAUAAUGGACAGUGCUGAUAGUGAAUCUGUUCAACAGUGUAACCACAUCAAAACAGAGAUAAAAACAGAGAUAAAGACUGAGAUAAAGACUGAGAUAAAAACAGAGAUAAAGACUGAGAUAAAAACAGAGAUAAAAACAGAGAUAAAGACUGAGAUAAAAACAGAGAUAAAGACUGAGGAAGAAGAGUUACAAGGUAACAUAGGGGGCUUUCUGUAUCCUCAAUAUGAAGGGUAUUUUUUGGAGCACAUAAAGGAGGAACCUUGUUCGUCACUCGAUAUAAAGCAGCAUGAUGAAAACAACUAUAAUCCAGCAAAAAUACAAGAGAGAACAUAUCAACCACCACCCAAUAAUACUGAUCAUCCAGACAGUGCACAGUUAACUCAGCAGAUAUCUGAUAAAGAGGAAUGGGCACCUUGUGCCAAUGUUCUUGGUGACUCUCUUGAGUGUCAGAAACCCCCAACUAAUGUCAGGAGAUUCAAAUGCAGUGCUUGCUUUUAUGCUACAAAUAUAAAAUCAAAUCUUACCAUCCAUCAACGUAUACAUACUGGCGACAAACCGUUCAAAUGUUCAGAUUGUGACUAUGCUACUGCUAGGAAAUCAAAGCUUACCGUCCAUCAACGUACACAUACUGGUGACAGACCAUUCAAAUGUGUAGAUUGUGACUAUGCUGCUGCUCAGAAAUCAUCUCUUACGAUCCAUCAACGUACACAUACUGGCGACAAACCAUUUAAAUGUUUAGAUUGUGACUAUGCUGCUGUUAGGAAAUCAUAUCUCAUCAUCCACCAAAGGAAUCAUACUGGUGACAAACCAUUUAAAUGUUUAGAUUGUGACUAUGCUGCUGCAUCGAAAUCAUAUCUCAUCAUCCACCAAAGGAAUCAUACUAGCGACAAACCGUUUAAAUGUGUAGAUUGUGAUUAUGCUACUACUGCAAAAUCAUCGCUUAAAACUCAUCAAAGGAAACAUACUGGUGACAAACCGUUCAAAUGUUCAGAUUGUGACUAUGCUACUGCCAAGAAAUCAUCUCUGACCAUGCAUCAACGUACACAUACUGGUGACAAACCGUUCAAAUGUUCAGAUUGUGACUAUGCUGCUGCUCAAAAAUCAGAUCUAAUCAUCCACCAAAGGAAACAUACUGGCAGCAAACCGUUCAGAUGUGUAGAUUGUGAUUAUGCUACUAGUUCAAAAUCAUCGCUUAAAACCCACCAAAGGAAACAUACUGGCGACAAACCAUUUAAAUGUUUGGAUUGUUAUCAUGCUGCUACCUGUAUAGACUCUUUCCAAACUCAUAAAAAAACUCAUUAUUAGAGAUCUUAUUCAGAUGAAAACCCAUGAUAGUUCUUAUAUUAUUGAUAGGC